AUGCGUUAUUUGAUUUCGAUACUAAUCGUUAUGUUUAUUACAUUGUUUUUUCUUGGAUAUAGUCGAUCUAUUCCUGAGCAAAAAUCAGAUCUUAUCGCUUCACGACGAUGGGGACGGUGGUGCAUGACGGAUUUCAACUGCGGUCAUGGGUAUUGUCAAGGUUAUGUAUGUCAAUGUUACCGAGGAUAUAUCACGCAGAGAAUAAUGGAUGUGUGCAAUUAUGAACAGAGAACGAAAUUAUCAGCGUUUCUUCUUUCAUUUUUCUUGGGAAUAUUUGGUAGUGAUUGGUUUUUUCUAUCGCGAGGAAAGACUGGUUAUAUCAUAGGUGGCAUUUUGAAAUUGUUGAUAUCGCUAGGUUGUUUAAUUGGAUGGCCAUUUAUAAUUGUUAAAUAUUCCAAGAAAAAUCCAGGUAUCGUCACUGUCGUUAAUAUGGUUAAUGUUCUUAUUAGUCUUACGGCAUUUUUAUGGUGGUUAACAGAUUGGAUUCGAAUUUUAGCUAAUGUAUUUUACGAUGGUAAUGGAGCACCAUUACAACCUUGGCGAAAUGAAUAUCAGACGAAAUUUCCAUAUCAGAUGUAA